AUGCCUUCUUUCGUGAUUGUGUGUCCCUGCGUGUGUGUGUUUCUCGGGGAAGGGGAGGGAGGAGGGGGGGAGAUGCAUGGCAACAGCUUCUCAGGGUCGCUGCCUAACAGCCUCUCUCGUCUCGUCAACCUCCAGUCACUGGACAUGGCGCGCAACAACAUCUCAGGCGGGGUGCCCAACUUCCCUCAGGCGGCGUCGCUAGUCUUUGUGUCGCUCGUCAACAACAUGAUCAGCGGGCCUGUCUCUCAGGACCUCAUGAACCGGGCUCUGGUGGAACUCAGGCUGGCAGGCAACCCGUGGUGCCGGGACCCCGAGAACCAGCUGCUCUCCGUCUGCUCGGCGACCGUCAGCAACGCCACGGUGGAGUGGACGCCCCCGGAGAUCUGCCCGGGGCUCACGUGCCGCAACAAGGAGACGCAGGCCGCCAACACUGCCAUCUACUCGGAUAGUGGCAACUGCGUGUGCUCGGACUACCUGUCGGUGACGCUGCUGCUCACGUCCGCGCCCUUCUCCGUGUUCACCAGCGACAUUGCCAAUAAGCUGCGCGCGGAGUUGGCCAACCGGCUCAGGAAUUACAUCUCCGGGGCGCCGCUGCUGGAGCAGUCGCAGGUGUGGGUGGCGUCAGCGGUGCAGGCGAGCACGGGGCAGGUGUUGGAGCUGCACUUCUUCACGGCGCAGGGCGGGCAGUGGGACGUGGCGGUGGAGUCCAACAUCCUCAACCAGCUCUUCCUCGGCUCCAAGUACAACCAGCUCCUCGGCGCCGACUUCGGCCCCUAUGUGCUCAUCUCCUCGGCAUCAUCCACGCUCUACGGUCCCAAUGAUCCACCGCCCGGCCCACCACCUCCUCCUGAUUCGUCAUCCUCCUCCAAUUCGUCCUCAAAUUCGUCUGAGAGUGGAGGAGGCGGGCUGGCGACGUGGGUGAUAGUGGUCAUAGUGCUGGUGGUGCUGCUGCUCCUCACAGUCAUUGCUGUACUCGCUGUGCUCUACUCGCGUGCACGCAAGACCAAACCACCCACCCCGCCUGCACCGCUCUCCCCCAAGGACUACUCACGGCUGUCGGAUCUCUCAAUCAAAGUCCAGGACCAUUUCGUGAAGGCAGUGAGCCUGCCGGUGAUCCUGGAGGCGACGCAGAACUUCAGCCCGUCGCAGCUGCUGGGGGAGGGCGGCCACGGGUCUGUGUACCGCGGGCUGGCCCCCACGGGGCACACGUGGGCUGUCAAGCGCAGCAAGAUCGUGAACCUUAAAGGGCUGCAGCUGUUCCAGAACGAGGUGGACAACCUGUCCAAGGUAUCGCACCGCAACCUGGUGAAGCUGCUGGCGUACUGUGACGAGGCGAACGAGCAGAUCCUCGUGUACGAGUUCGUUGCCAAUGGCAGCCUGCAGGAGCACCUCCGCCCCAAGGAAGGGCACCCGCGGCCGCCAUUAACACUGGAGCAGCGGGUGGACAUAGCGAUCGGGUCAGCGGAGGGGCUGCACUACCUGCACUCCUUCGCCAACCCCGGCAUCAUCCACCGCGACGUCAAGUCCGAAAACAUCCUCCUCACUGACAAUCUCGAGCCGCGGCUGGCGGACUUCGGCCUGCUGAAGAGCCUCAAGGAGGAGAACCGGGACGAGGCGGUGAGCACGAGGGUGGCGGGCACGCCGGGGUACAUGGACCCCGAGUACUACAAGACCUUCAAGGUCACCACCAAGAGCGACGUGUAUAGUUUCGGGGUGGUGUUGCUGGAGCUGAUAACGGGCAAGCCGCCCGCCAUGAACAAGUCGCAGAUCUCGCACGUCUCGCACUCACAGUUUGACAACCACCAGCUCAUCACCAUCGCCGAAUGGGCCUUCCCGCUGAUCGUCUCAGGCGAUCUAGACCUGGUGGCAGACCCGCGCAUGGGACCCAACUACUCCAAGGAAGCCCUGCGAAUGAUGGCCACCGUUGCGCUGCAGUGCAUCCAGCGCAGCAGCGCCGACCGCCCUGACAUGGGGGACGUGGUGCGGCUGCUCUCAGAGAUCCGCUACGAGGUGCGCGGAAAGCGCCCCGCCACCGCGUUCCUCCCGACGGGCGAGACGGAUUAUAGCGGCGCGCCGCUGGUGCCGGAGGGGUACUCGGGGAUUAGUGACACGAUUGAGAUUACCGCCCCCACGUCGAUCAUUCCGGGCGGAAGGUGA